AUGUCUUUCAAUGACCUUUUGAGCCUAUCACAGAAUACUACAUCCAGCGUGCAAAGACCUCCGGAACAGCUUCUCAUCAGCGAGGGCACAGUCAUAGCACCCAAAGCUUCUGGGUACUCUGGAGCACCAAAGAUCUGGAGUGAUGAGCAGAUCGCUGCCUGGAAAGAGGGAAGCUAUAUAUACAUGCAAAUUGCUGCUGUGGGGCGGGAGGCUUCUCCCGAUGCCCUCAGAUCUCGCGAUCCUGCGAUCCCUCAUGUUGGAGCAUCAGCUCUACCCCCUACACCUGAUGCGCCCGUUCCUCGAGCGAUGACGAAAGAGGAGAUUAUGGAAUAUAUAGGCUUCUUUGGCAUUGCCACGGCGAAUGCAGUACACAAGGCUAGGUUUGACGGUAUCGAGAUUCAUGGGGCAAAUGGGGUCCUUGUUGACGAGUAUGGCGGAAGUAUGGAGAACCGAAUGAUGUUUCCAUUAUAG